AGUGCGCGUGCGCGCACCCCACUCCGCCAGCCGUUCUGUCCCAGAAGGCCCUGCGCCUGGGUUUCCAUGGCGACGCGCCCGCGCCAGGAGCCCGCACCAAGAGCCCGCUGGGUUGGCGCAGCCGCUGGAGCCGCACGGAGCAGGUUUUUUCAAAAUAUAUUCUUUCUUUAAAAAGAGACCAAAGAAUGUCAGAAAAUACUACCCCGGAAACCUCAUAAAUACUACAGUGUGAAGAACGCUCUGCUCAAACAUACAGUUUAUCUUCAGACAUCUUCGGGAAGUUGAUAGAGAACAGCAGGGUAUUUUACUAUGUCUUUGGCUGAUACAACAAAAACAAAUAUAGAGGAACAUUUCCCCAGUGUGGCAUUAGAAAACAACAGGAAGUCUGCAGAAUGCAAGAGAAGCCCAGGCACAGGUGAUUUUUCAAGGAACAGUAAUGCUUCUGAUAAGAGUGUUGAUUAUAGCAGAUCCCAGUGCUCCUGCAGAAGUUUAACUUCUCACUAUGAUUAUUCAGAAGACUUUCUCUCGGAUUGUUCAGAAACUGCCAUUACUAGAAAUUAUUUAGAGCAGCCUGUGGUAAAAGAAAAGAAGGAGGAGAAGAAAAAGUAUAAUGUUUCUAAAAUCUCCCAACCUCAAGUUAACAGGUGGCCUUGGUACAGAGUACCACAAUACUUGGAUUUCACUGGCUUCUUGCCUUUCAUCUCAGCUGGAGAAUCAAAGUUUGAAUCGCCAAUGAAAUUUAAAUACCUGUCUCAACAGCCCAAGAGGAUGGUCUCCAAGUCUGGCCAGAAGGAAAUCUCAGUUGGAAAAAAACACACCUCGAAUGCCUCAGUUUUUAAUUCUCAAAUCAAUAUGAUUACCCAAAGAAGAGAUGCUACGGCUCAUCGAAUACUCUCAGCACGGCUUCAUAAGAUUAAAGAACUAAGAAAUGAAUUAGCUGAUAUACAUCGUAAAUCAGAAGCCAUCAUCAUAGAAAACCAAUUUUUGAAACAACUUCAGUUUAGGCACGUGAAAGCUAUAGGAAAAUAUGAGAAUUCAAAAAAUAAUCUACCUCAAAUUAUGGUUAACCAUCAGAAUGAAGUAAAAAAUUUAAGGCAACUACUUAGGAAAUCCCAGGAAAAGGAAAGAACUGUAUCUAGGAAACUUAGAGAGACUGACAACGAGUUACUGAGGACUAAAGAUGCCUUGCAGGCACUGCAGAAACUUUCUGAAGACAAAAAUCUUGCAGAAAGGGAAGAACUCACUCAAAGAUUAUCUAUUCUUACGACAAAAAUGGAGGCAAAUGACAAAAAAAUACAGAGCUUGGAAAAACAACUGAGGUUGAACAGUAGAGCCUUUAGUAGGCAGUUGGCUAUUGAAAACCGGAAGAUUUUAGGAGCUCAAACAGCUACCAAGACUCUGCAAGUGGAAGUAAAACGCCUCCAACAAAAACUUAAGGAGAAGGACCGUGAGCUUGAAAUUAAAAACAUCUAUGCUAAUCGAAUACUUAAAAAUUUAUAUGAUAAAGAAGAUUAUCCAAAAGUUUCUUCAACAAAAUCGGUACAAGCAGACAGAAAAAGUUUGUCAUUUAUAAGUAUGAGACACCAGGAAACCCAAAAAUCAGAUGAUGUUCCAUCUUUGACAACUAAGGGUAAAAAGGCAACAGGAAACAUUGGUUAUAAAGACAAAUCAACUGAAAUAAACCAUGAAAUUUCUCAGUAUAUCAGUAAACUACUAAAGCAAGAAGAUUCUAAGAGAAAACAUGAAGGUUUAUCAAAGGAAGAACAUUUGAAAGUACAAGCACCUCUGGAGACUACUGGAAGACAAAAAGAGAAAAAGCAAGAUCAAGAAAAGAAGCCCAUUUUAAUGAAAGAACAAGAACUACCACCAAAAAGAAUUCAGGUGAUUCAUCCUGAAGGAGACAGCAGUCAAGAAGAUGACAGAGUAAAAGACAAGCUUCAAAGAACUGACCAAACAAAUGCCAUGAAUGAGAUACCUGAUAAAUAUGCUGUUCCAUGUGCCAAAAUACCCUUCAGACAGAGAAAGCAUUACUCGUUCACGGCAACGAUUGAAAACUUGCAUCACGGGCUUCCUACUUCAGGUGUGCCAGCCCACACCGGCGGCAUGAGAGGCAAUCAGGGCACAAGCAAACAUGGCACUCAGACCGAAGAACUGAAGCAAGAACAUUCCGUUAGCGGCUAUGAACCCUCUUUUGGUAAGUCUUCCAGAAUGAAAGCAAAAGAUACAACUUUCAGAGAUAAGAAAAGCAGCCUAAUGGAAGAACUCUUUGGAUCAGGCUAUGUCUUAAAAAAUGACCAGUCAAGUCAUGCUGUUACGAAAGGAUCUGAGGAGAUUUUGAAAAGCAAGGAAACGCAGCAUCUACCUCCUGCUCAGGCCUCCGCCAACAAUGCUUUUGGAGACUCUAAAGUAACUGUGGUAAAUUCUAUUAAGUCAUCUUCACCUACAGAAGGAAAAAGAAAAAUAAUUUAAUCAAUAUCCUAAU